UGCGGCGUGACACAAGCACGGGAGGCUCCCUUAAUCUCUGGGUUGGAGAGCGGGAGUAUAAAGAAGGAUCUGAGCAGGUGCCCUGCCUUCUGGGGCUGCCGCUGCGAGGGACCCAGCCCUUUUUGCGCGCGCGCAUUGCGUGCCCCGCGGCUUCCGCGCGUGGAGCCUCCUUCUCAGUCCCAGCGGUCGCGGCCCCUCCCGGGACGGCGGGGGUUCGUGAGGGUGGAGUGACCCUUUCCUCGGUUUCCUGCCCUCGGGGCUGAGGGCUGGGCUAGCGGCCUUCCUGUGAAGGAGGGAGGACGUUUGUUCCGGCGCGCCUUGGCUGGGGAGGCGUCUCCGACGUGCGCAGGGCGGGGAGGAGCCGGGCUUUCCCUGCGCCCGGCGCGCCGGGAGCAAUCCUGGCAGUGUUGGGACGGCGACAGGGUCCCUGCCCCCGGAAGGCUGGGAUUCCGGCCUGCUCCCCUCGGGGACCCCUAACAGUGUUGAGUGUCAAAGACGGAAGCGCCUAUAGCAAUUUUGUCCACCCCGUCUCUCACAGAUUGGGGAAAUGGACGCCUGGAGAGCGGUUAGUUCAGCCAGGCACUGCCUUCUCUACGACACUACGUUGCAUCGCGUUGUAGGAAGCUCAGUUGUACAAGGCUUUUCUGAGGUGGGGGUGGGGUACUAUUGUUAAUUAUAAAGCACUGUACCAAUUAUUUGGUAUUACGCUUGGCUAAAUGGAACAUGUAAGUGCCACGGCCAUAUUUAUACCCUUUUGACAUAACCUUUAUUUUACCCCUUACAGCUCUUCCCAGCUAGUGUUAAUCCCCACCUCCUGUUUGUCUACCUAUAAGCUGUGAAAAUAGAAGCCCGUGAAAUAAAUAUGUAGUGGCCUUGUCGUUUUGAGUCUCUUUCGCCCAUGCUUUGAAAGGAUUUCAUGGAAAUCAAAAGGUGCUGGGAUUGGAAAUUCAGUUACCCCAAUUGUCUCCAGAAGAGAGAACCUAAAAGACCUUAACAAUGGAUGAAACUGGGAAAGAUAUCAAAAAACUACUGGCAGGCCCACAUGGUAUUACAGGUUAAAAAAAAAUCCUUCAUGAAGAAGAAAGUUCUUAAGCAACAUGAUGGAUUCAGAAGCCCAUGAAAAGAGGCCUCCUAUCAUAACAUCUUCAAAACAAGAUAUAUCACCUCAUAUUACAGAUGUUUAUGAAAUGAAGCAUUACUUGUGUGGCUGCUGUGCAGCUUUCAACAAUAUAGCAAUCACUUUUCCUAUUCAGAAGGUCCUCUUUCGGCAACAGCUAUAUGGAAUCAAAACCCGGGAUGCAGUACUUCAGUUGAGGAGGGAUGGAUUCCGAAACCUGUAUCGUGGAAUCCUUCCUCCGUUAAUGCAGAAGACAACUACACUGGCCCUUAUGUUUGGUCUGUAUGAGGAUUUUACUUGCCUUCUCCGUAAACAUGUCAGCACCCCCGAGUUUGUAACUCGUAGCGUGGCAGCAGUACUUGCAGGGACAACAGAAGCAAUUUUCACUCCAUUUGAAAGAGUUCAAACACUGCUUCAAGACCACAAGCAUCAUGACAAAUUUACAAACACUUAUCAGGCUUUCAGGGCACUGAAGUCCCAUGGAGUUGGAGAGUAUUAUCGAGGCUUGGUGCCCAUUCUUUUCCGUAACGGAUUCAGCAAUGUCCUUUUUUUUGGCCUUCGGGGUCCCAUUAAGGAGUACUUGCCUACUGCAACGACUCACAGUGCUCAUUUGGUCAAUGAUUUUAUCUGUGGAGGGCUGUUGGGUGCUAUGUUGGGAUUCUUGUUUUUUCCACUUAAUGUUGUAAAGACUCGCAUGCAGUCUCAGAUUGGUGGGGAAUUUCAAUCUUUCCCCAAGGUUUUCCAAAAAAUCUGGCUAGAACGGGAUAGGAAACUGACAAACCUUUUUAGAGGUGCCCAUCUGAAUUACCAUCGAUCCCUCUUAUCUUGGGGCAUAAUCAAUGCGACUUACGAGUUCAUGUUAAAGGUUAUAUGAAAGAAUCAUUAAUUAAGUGCCAUUUAUCAACCAAAUAGACCUAAGAAGAAUACAGUGUAACCUGGUUCUUAAUCGGCCACAUACCGGUUGAUACCAUAAGUCCAGGGUACGGUGAUACAGUCAAAACUGUUUUCUUUAAGUACCAAUAACAACAAGAGGUUUCAAUAGGAAAAUUAAAGUUGUUGUGUUUUUUCUUUUAAUCAUUACCAUGAACUUUAAGCUAAUGGUCUGAUUAAUAGCUGUCUACCCGAUGGCCUUUGACAAGAAAUCUACUAGUCAAGAUGAUUCUUUUUCCCAAAACACUCUAACCCUCUGUAUUGAAGCGUAAGUGGCCGUGACCAGCCAAAGAAAAGGCUUUCAGAGCCCCCUGACUUCUUAGGCUUACUUUUGUUACUCCAUUCCUUGCUUCUCUGCUCUUCAGAGGAGUUGCAAAGGAUAUCUUCAUUAAACUUGAGUAUGUACACUUUAGAACAUAACAAAACAGAGAAGAAAAACAACUUAUUAGGUAUAGGCUUUUCAUGAUAAAUAGCUUAUAUUAGUUUUAAAAAUAAGCACCUGUUGAGAUAUUAUUCUGACUUGCUAUUUAGACAUGAUAGAAUCAGGCAGCUAAUGAUUUUUUGCUUUCUGAGUUCGAAAAUUUUCUGUUUCAUUCUGAAUGUGACCUUAAACCCUUCUAAAAUACCCUUAUAUUGAUUGCAUUUAUUUUAUUGCCAAAAGAUGAGGGAUUUAAAUUUUGUUCUAAGCACUUGAUCCUGUUAAGAAGUUUCAUAUUUAAUUGCAUAUAGAUCAAAUCUGGUUAGCUGUGUUUCUUUGAAUUGGUGCCAAGAGGCUUUGGUGGUUUUUUUUCCCUUGAGUAGUCAUGUCAUAGACAAGUAGUAUCCUGUUUCCUUGGGUUGUUGCUUAAAACAAAAACGCUUCCAUAAACUUUUAUUUUGGAAGUUUGUCAAUAAGAGCCCAAUUUUGUUUUGUUUUGUUUUGUUUUUUUUCUGGUUUCUAAAUGUUACAAGGGAAACAAAACUCAAGAUAGUUUUCACCUCAGUGUUAGCUGUCUUUUUAUGUUAUUCUUGGAAAUAAUGGCUUUUAGGAUUUUGACAUUUUGGGAACCCAAGUUUACAGUUAUAUCAUUAAAAUGAUGGAGAGUUUGAAAGCAUAAGAUUUAUUUGAAGAGUUAUUUUUUAAUUUAGGAGUUACUUAACAUAGAUAAAAACUUCUUUGUCAGAGGAAUCAGAUUUAGAGUAUUUUUUCCAGAUGAAAAGGCAAAAUGACUCAUACACCAAUUAGAUAAAUAAUAAAAUGUGUGAAACACCGUGGAGAAAUGGUUUAUCACUUUUUUAAAAACAUCCACCUCUAUAAAUAAUAUUAUAUAGUUGAAAUUAUUUCCCAGCAUCUGAUAUGGCAUAGAGAAAUUAGAUUUCUUAUUACCAGUUUUUCAUCAUUCUAGAUGUGAAUAUGUAAAUAUACCCACCAAAAUAAAAUAAGGGCCUCAAUCAGUAGUUUACUCAAAUUAUGGGCAUGUAGUCCAAAAAAGCUGUUUACCUCUAAAUGCAGUAUCUUCCAACUGUAAAGGAUUAGGAAACAUUACCAAGCAUUUGUCUAGCAGUAAUGAAGCUAAUUAGCUUUACAGGAGCUCUGUUUGACAGUGUUGUGCUGGAAAUGGCGGUUUAUUUUCGAAAGCAAGAUGCAGAUUUAGAGAUUUCUGAAAACAAAAUUUGACACCAAAUGAAUGUGAAUAGCAUCCUUUGGCCUAUUAGAGUCAGGGUUUGAAAGAAGUUGAGUUUCAGAAAUGAAGAAGGCACUGGUGCCCGACUCCCCCAUUCACGUGGGUGUGUCUGAGCGCAAAGCAGGGGCUUCUGGGUGGACAGUACAUGGUAGUGGGUUUAGCCCAGGGUGAUGCCUGGCCUUGGGAAUGAACUCCCCUGGGCCUUGGUUCUGUGGGCUUCCUUUUUUUUUUUUUUUUUUUUUUUUA